CCGAUUUUGCGCUGUUAGCUAGAGACCAUAAUAACGGCUGGAUAGAGAGUGUUCCUUGUUUUGUGCGGGAAUUUUUACUAUUAUCGAUGAAAGUUAAAUCAAGACACGACCACUAUUUAAAACAGUAAACCAUUUCGUAGGUUCUCCUAGUUUGCAUUGUUUAAUCGGGUCGUCCACGGGGCGGUGAGCGACCAUGGACAGUGAAAUGUCUGAUAUGGAUCAGCCUCCGGCUGGGGAUAACUCCAUGGAUGAAGAGAACGCCCCUUUGUACUGCAUAUGUCGAAAACCAGACAUAAACUGCUUCAUGAUUGGUUGUGAUCACUGCAAUGAAUGGUUUCAUGGUCACUGCAUAAAUGUGACUGAGAAGAUGGCCAAAGCUAUCAGAGAGUGGUACUGCCAUCAGUGUAAGGAAAUGGACCCGUCUCUUGAGAUAAGGUAUAGGAAAAAGAACCGUGAUAAAAAUGUUGACUCUGAAAGCUAUGACAAACGAUCCAGUACUCCGGAGUAUAAGAUCGAUAAGCGCCGUGGAUCUAAAGUAAAGCGUUCUGCUCGUAUGUGUGGGGAAUGUGAACCCUGUACCAGGACAGAGGAUUGUGGCCAUUGUGACUUCUGUAAAGAUAUGAAAAAAUUUGGAGGCCCAAACAAGAUUCGUCAGAAAUGUCGUUUAAGGCAGUGUGUUGUCCGUGCUCGGAAAAUGCUGCGCGUUCGCGAUGAGGAGUUUUCUCUCCGUGAGAGGAGAGACAACAUAAUGCACAGAGGUAGACGAUACUUGGAUGAUUACGACGAGAAUGAUAUGGACUCGUAUGAGCACUACAGGGACAGAACUGCGUGGGCCAGUGAUGAUGACGAAGAGCCGCUUUACAGUCCUGUGCCACGGAAGAAAGCUAUUAAAGUCAAGCACGUCAAAAGGAGAGACAAGAAAUUUGACAAAAAGAAAGAGUCUCGUCGGCACAAGCAGAAACAGAAGCACCGAGAUCGCUUAAGACACAGUGAGAGGGGAGAUGGCAGAGAUAGAGGGAACUUUUGGCAGUGCCUGGGGCCAAAUUGCAUCGAAUGUGCACGUCCAAACUCCAAAUACUGUUCUGAGGACUGCGGAAUGAAGCUGGCUGCCAACCGGAUCUAUGAGAUCCUUCCCCAGCGUAUCCAGCAGUGGCAGCAGAGCCCUUGUAUAGCUGAAGAGCAGGGCAAAAAACAGCUGGAGCGCAUUCGAAGAGAACAGCAAGCUGCACGCAUGCGCCUAGCCGAAAUGGAGCGACGGUUCCAUGAACUGGAGGGCAUUAUUGCCAAGGCCAAACAGCAGUUGGUGCAGCAGGAUGAGGAUGUUAAUGAAACAGAGAGCGAGGACACAGACCUUCAGAUCUUCUGUGUGUCCUGCAGUCACCCUAUAAACCCCAAGGUUGCGCUAAGGCACAUGGAAAGAUGUUAUGCCAAGUAUGAGAGCCAGACCUCUUUCGGAUCCAUUUUCCCAACAAGAAUAGAAGGGGCUACAAGGCUUUUCUGUGAUGUAUACAACCCACAGAGCAAAACAUACUGCAAAAGACUUCAAGUCCUGUGCCCAGAGCAUUCCAGAGACCCAAAGGUAACCGUGGAUGAGGUUUGUGGAUGUCCACUAGUGCGCAAUGUUUUUGAGCCGACUGGAGAGUACUGCAGGGUCUCAAAGCGCAAAUGCAACAAGCAUUACUGCUGGGAAAAACUCAGGAGAGCGGAGGUGGACCUGGAGCGUGUCCGAGUGUGGUACAAGCUGGACGAGUUAUUUGAACAAGAACGCAAUGUGAGGACAGCCAUGACCAACAGAGCAGGGCUACUGGCCCUGAUGCUUCACCAGACCAUCCAACAUGACCCAUUGACCACUGACCUCCGGAGCAAUAAAGACAGAUAGCUGUCUGAUCUCACUUUGUGAAACAUUUUGUCUAUAUUUGUAUACUUUUCAUAAUGUAUAUUUCUCACUGUUUUGGACAGUCAUUCAUAUUAAACAUGAUCUUCAUGUUU